AUGGGCUUCCGCGACUCCUUCAAAGACCUCCAGAACAAAGCCCAACAAGCCAUGAACGGCGGGCACGCCCCUCCAAUCCCCUGGUCCAGCAAACCCAGCUCCUCAUCCGCCUCUGCACAACAACAACCCCAAGCCCCUCCCUACUGGUCACCGCAAUGCCAACCACACAUCCCCGUCUCCACUCACUUCCACCACGAACAAGGAAACUGGGGCUGGGGCAACAACGAAUCCCAAAACUACGUCGAUGACACUGCAAACAGCUUCCACACCCCCGAUGGCGCAUUAGUGGUUCACGCAAUCAUAAACCACUCCCACNNCCCUUCCCCAGACAGAAAGUUUACUUCUGCGAGAUUGUCUUCGCAUCAGACGUUAAGCCGUUGCAGAGGUAGUUUGUCUGCGAGGAUUACUGCACCGGUAGCGAAAGGCAUUUGGCCUGCGUUUUGGUUGUUGCCGCAGGAUCCGUUUACGUGGCCCUAUGAUGGCGAAAUGGAUAUUUUCGAGGCGUGGAAUGGAGACAAGACUAAUCAUACUUGUAUGCACUGGGGCCACUUCAACGGUGAAGACCACGACAAGCACAGAGUGGUGGAAACGCCUAUCCCUGCUAUUGACUCUCCUCACGGUAUGAGGUUUGAUUUCGCUUGGGACGAAGAUGAGAACACGAGACAGGGCAGAAUGGUGUGGUAUAUCGAUGGCAGACCUGUCAUGAAAGCAAGCAAACCUGCUGGCACAAGACCCAUGAGGGAUUUCAGAAUCUUGAUCAAUAUUGCUGUCGGUGGAAAUGUGUGUCAAGGCGUCAUGCCAGAAAAUGGCACGUAUGAGUUUAUCAUCAGAGAUCUCGCUAUGUGGGAUGCUCCGCCUGGUGGUUGGGACAGAUUUGGUAGGGAUUGGAACAGCACGAGGGAGGGCCAUGGUAUGUAG